ACUCGCACCAAGUUUCCUUCUCCUACAAGCUUUGAAGCUUUUCCCAUAAAAUAUUAUUCUCAAGAAGGAAAGAGUCAUUCAAAGGCUUCCAUUCCACAUUUUCCAGUUGACGCUGAUUUAGUUUAAACAAGCGGCAAUACCACGCUGCCAUUACUGCUCUUCAACUUCAGUCUAUGGAAGGACAUCAAGACAUACAUGAGGAAGAAACUAAAGCAGUUCCUUAUACUGACAUCAAGGUUGCUCGAGACGGUGAUUUGAUUGCACAGAUAGGAAGGGGUAUAUAUUUUGAUCUUGUAAAUCAUGACAAAGUUCGUAAUUUUCGUAUUCCAAACCACAUACCCUUCUACCAAUUUAAGGAAAAGGUAGCCAAAGAGUUUGGUGUACCAGUGAAAUUUCAACGAUACUGGAUGUGGGGAAAGCGCAAAAAUAAUACAUACAGACCUGUAUGGCCUUUGACAUCGUUGGAAGAAGAAUUACUUUUGGGAAAAUCUUCUAACAAGAAGAGUGAGAGACAAGAAGUUCUACAGCUUUUUCUGGAAGUAGAACUUGAUUUGGAUUUGCAACCUGUUGCUCCUCCACAAAAGACUAAAGAGGAUAUACUUUUAUUCUUUAAACUUUAUGACCCUUGGAAAAAAGAGCUGCGGUACUCUUUCUUUCUCUCACUCUCUUUCACUCGAUCACUCUGCUGCCCUUAUGUUUUCUUUUAUGUCAGUUAUGUUGGAAGGCUUUUUGCAAAACUAGAUGGGAAUCCUAAUGGAAUAUUGAAAAAAUUAAACAAAAUGGCUGGCUUCAAUCCUAAUGAGGAAAUUAAACUUUUCGAGGAGAUAAGGUUUGAACCUGACAUCUGGUGUGAACCCAUUGACAGUGAGCUCACAUUUCGUUGUAGUGAGCUUCAAGAUGGGGACAUCAUCUGCUUUCAGAAAUCGCAAGGAAUUGAGCAAUGCCACUGUCCAGAUGUUCCAUCAUUCUUUGAGUAUCUCUUCAAACACAAGGGAGACUUUGUUGAAGCUCAGCCUAGUUCGCAAACUAUCAAUACAGAUGCUCAUGUAACUGAGCUCUCUCCAUCACAAAGGAACAUCACUCAAGAGCAAUCAACUCAAGUAGCAAUUCACUCGGACAUUUGUACUCAGGCAGUUGCUCAUGUUACUUUAUUGACUAAACACGAUGCAGUAGAAAUUAAAAUGACACCCAUUCCAUCUGCCCCUCUUCUAGUUCAUCCACAUGGCCAUCCUCAUCAGGAGGAUUCAAAUGUGGUUGAAACAGAAACAUGUUCUUCUUCUCUUGCUUCAUUUGAUGCCUUGUUUGCUGACAUUCAAAGCCUUUUGGAAGUAAGGGCUGUUGAGGCUGGUAGUUCGAGCCGCCUCCAGCGUUCUAUGCUUAGCAUUGACGAGAUUACAAAUGCACAUAAAAUCGUUAAACAAUGCCUUGAUACGACGCUUGGCAACUUCAUCCAGUCAGGAAGAACUCGUGAAUUUAAAAAUUCAGUUUCUAUUAUGCUUGCUGUCAAUUCAUUUCCCGACAGCAAAGUAGAUGAGAUAACAAAGUUUGUGGAUGACUUCAACCAAACUUGUGAACGAUACGAGGGUGCAGAGCAGGACAUAAGAGAGGCUGAACAGAAGGUGAGCUCAAUAAUUGAGUUGAAAACCUCUCUGAAGCAGUUGUCUUCUAAGUUCAUACCUACCAGGAAUCGAGUUGAGGAAGUCGAUCGAGAAAUAGCAGAUAUGGAGAGACAGCUGGGUGAAAGGAAGGCGGAGAAGGCACAGCUUCAGAGCAAUCUUGAAGAUUUGGCUGGGAAAGCAACCGCAUCAAGACAAGCUUUGAUCAAUGCUGAACUGGACAUGAUGCCGUUAUGGCUCAAAAAAGAGGAAGCGGAGAAGACCGUUGAUGACAUUGAAAAGUCCUGGGAGUCAUUGAAGGAUCAUUGCUUUCCUCUUCGUCAGUAAGUUAUCACAUGACAUGUCUUGGGAACCACUAACCAUACAUGAACAAAAAUAAUGAAAAACAACUAGAAUGAAAAUUGUUGUGUAUCUUCAUUAUAUAGCUUGAUUGUCUUCCUGGUCGAAUGUAUUUUGUCAGAACUUUUCUAGUGAAAUUUGGUCAACGAUCAUAAUAGGAAAGGAUCAACACUAUCAAUGUCUUCCACCAUUCGAGAUUGUAUCCAAUCUAGCAUAAACAUCACUUGAAUAUUCCUAAAAUGUGGGAAUGAUUUAUAUGUAUUUAUCCUACUCUAUAAUUACAUAUACAUAAAAGAAAUCAUUUUUCCAAUCAUAUCAAUAA